CAGAACAUCCCCUAAGAGGGUAUGUUUUGUAAUACUGCUCAUGUAUCGUAGUUAUGGCUGAAAUUAUUCGUGACCUAUCCAUUCUAAAUGUAUAGAGUUCUAGUUGCUACUUAUAACUAAUAAGAUUCAAAUUAUGACUUAAUCACUCAUUAACUUUUCGUAUCAUGCAAUACAGACAGAAUUAAUAUUGCAAUAACUCGUAUUUCACUCACACGUAGUGACGUAGUAUAGCGAUUUAAUAACUUUUCUAAAAUAAUCACCCAUCACUAGUGAUGGCAACACUGGUAAAAAUUAUAUAACUAACAGUGGAUUUGAUUGUUAGACAUUUUAUUUAUUUUAGCAGAACGAUUUAUUGAAUAUCUGCUAAAAUGGCUACAAGAAGAAUUACUAAAAGUUCGAUUAAUUGGCUGGCUUUAAGCGAAAGAGUUCCUGAACAUCAGCGUGCUCAGUAUUUGGCUUUUAAAGCGAAAUCUGAUGGUUACCUCAGGCGUGUGAUGUCAAAUCCAGAGCAAGCACCAGCUAUUGAUUGGGCCUUCUAUAAAUCAAAAGUACCAGUAGCAGGGAUGGUUGACGAAUUUCAGAAACAAUAUUCCGCUCUAUCCAUCCCAUAUCCACCAGAUACCAUUAAACCCCAGCUCGACAGUCUAGAAAAGGAAAUUAAAAGUGAUAUAGAAAAAUUCAAGAGUGAGUCUAAUACUCGUAUUGCUGAGUACAAAAAGCAAUUAGCUCACAUAGCCAGCUUAAUUCCAUACGAUCAAAUGACUAUGGAAGAUUACCGUGAUGCUUAUCCAGAAGAUGCUCUUGACCCCAUCAACAGACCAACAUUCUGGCCCCACACUCCUGAAGAGCAAAUCGACUAUGUUGACAAAGAUGCCCAACCUCACCAUUGAAAUAUUUCAUGUAAUUAAUGCAUUAAUAUGAUCUUUAGAGGUGUCAUAUUUAUUAGAAAAAAAUUUAGAUGACAAUUGUUUGAAAGAAUUAUUGUCAUACUAUAACUUUACAAUCUUAUUUACAAUGUUAUUUUUCUGUUUAGUAUCAGUGCUUCUUAGAUUAUUUUAAUAAACCUCAAUAUCCACUGUUGAAUUUGUUUCUUUGAA